UCUCUUGGAGAAAGUUGUGACACUGCAAUUUUUCAUGUGUCCUAAGGAAAGCAAGGAUGACCAAGACUUCAUAAUCCAUCCUUUGCUCCUCAGUAGACCUGCUAUGACACAAGUGCAGGAGCAAGAAUGCAGAGUGGUAAGGGAAGGAGCCCUAGGGAGAAUGUGAGGAAACAGCCUCCAGUCCUGGCCCUGUCCUUACCACCUGUGAACUUCUCUAAGCUUUGGUUUCCUCAUCUUUAACAUGAGAACUCAAGGCUUGAGGUUUUCUCUAAUGUACUGGACCUAAACUUCUGCAGUUAUUGAGGUGCAUCCUGUGUGCAGUGCCUCCUUUAAGCGAGCCCUCUGCAAGCCUGGAUAGAAUUGUCAGCUAUUCUGUGAGGGAAAAAGCAUCACUGUGGCAUUGAAGUGGCUUUAAUGGUCAGCUCAGAUAUUAAAGGGUCUAAGUUAGGAGUCAUGACUUACAAACCAGCUCCAAAACCACAGAGGCUGGUCACAAAGUCACAGAUGCUCACAUUGAGGGGCAUGAGGGACACUUGUCCUUGGAUUCUAUCCCUCCUCCCCAUCCCCGAGGACUGGAGUAGACUGAGGGAACUGCAGUGCUGUGGACAAAGGCCAUGGGUAGAGAGAAGGGCUGUGGAAGUCCUUCUCUCAGGAUCUCCAUAGUCUUUUGGCCAGAAAUUCCUUACUGAUGGUGCAACGAAGGGGGAUCACCAACCAAACUCACAAGAAGCAAAGUGGGAAUCAGGCAUCAAGUAACAGAUGUAAAUGCUGAGCAGAUUCUCAUCUUCCUGGCCUCUGCCUAUCACAUUCCCUCCAUAAAGGACUCGAUGCAGACUAAUUAUCAAAAAAUUAUUAUACAAGCCCAGAAUUGGAGCCGGGGGAGUGAGUGAGGUGAUGCCAGUGGCCAGCGUCACUGAGUAGGGCAGCCUGAAGCCCCCAAGAACACCGCAGCAACAAUUCAGGGACAGGCAGAUCUGGCCAGGGGAUCCCACUUCCCUGGUUAGUGCUGGACCCAUGCAGUACAACUCAGGGUUCCUUUUCAUGGGCCCCAUGUACACCCAUCCUUACACACUGCUCUGGGUUGCUGCAACUUACACAUCCCUUCUUUUAAGUGUGUUAGCUAUUGCUCUGGCUAAAACUAUUUCAUAUAUCAUGGUUUGAUUAGAUUUCCAGGGUCUGCUUUUCCUGAUUUCGAUUCGAUAUAUUCUGACUUUUAAUAAACUCCAGUAGACAGUGAAUUUUAUCCCUUAGACACUGAUAUUACAAGUUGGCACAUCAAAGGAUAAAUUUAAUGACAAGUUAUGGAAGUAUGUCAUUGUAAUUCCCAGAUAUUGAUCUCUGUAAUCACGUGUUUGCUGUCCUCAGUUUUCCUGAGGGUACAAGAGAGAAUUUAAAAUGGAAGUGGCCAACCAAUCUCUUGUGGCAGAAUUUGUCUUGUUGGGUCUGUCAGAUCAGCCAAAGCUGGAGACAACGUUCUUUGUGCUCCUCCUGUCAAUGUACCUGGUGAUCCUCCUGGGCAAUGGGAUUCUCAUUCUGGUGACCAUUCUUGACUCCCAGCUGCAUACGCCCAUGUACUUCUUCCUGGGGAAUCUCUCCUUCCUGGACAUCUGCUACACAACAUCUUCCAUCCCUCUAGUCCUGGAUGGCUUCCUCACUCCCAGGAAAACCAUCUCCUUCUCAGGCUGUGCUGUACAGAUGUUUCUCUCCUUUGCCAUGGGAGCCACAGAGUGUGUGCUUCUGGGUAUGAUGGCAUUUGAUCGCUACGUGGCCAUCUGCAACCCCCUUAGAUACCCCGUGGUCAUGAGCAAGGCUGCCUAUGUGCCCAUGGCUGCCAGCUCCUGGGUGGCUGGGGGAGCCAACUCCCUGGUGCAGAUCUCUCUUGCAGUACAAUUACCCUUCUGUGGGGACAAUGUCAUUAACCACUUCACCUGUGAGAUCCUGGCUGUCCUGAAGUUGGCCUGUGCUGACAUCUCCAUCAAUGUGAUUAGCAUGGGGGUGGCCAAUGUGAUCUUCCUGGGGGUCCCAGUCCUGUUCAUCUUUGUCUCCUACAUCUUCAUCCUCACCACCAUCCUGAGGAUUCCCUCAGCUGAGGGCCAGCAAAAGGCCUUCUCCACCUGCUCUGCCCACCUUACUGUGGUGGUCAUCUUCUAUGGAACUAUCCUAUUCAUGUACGCAAAGCCCAAAUCAAAGGACCCCCUGGGAGUGGACAAGCAGGAUGUUUCAGACAAGCUCAUUUCUCUCUUCUAUGGAGCACUGACCCCCAUGCUCAACCCCAUCAUCUACAGCCUCAGAAACAAGGAUGUGAAGGUUGCUGUGAAGAAACUGGUGACUCAGAAAUGCUUUGCCCAGUGAUAGUGGGAUGAAGCAGUGUAUCUUGUGGUUCUGUGCACACAGGGCUCCCCUAGGAAAUGACCAUGUGGUAAGCACAGACAUGCUUAAUCUUCUACACAUUAGUUUCAUCACAAAACCGACCACCAAACAAUGCAUUUCAGAAUGGGUCUUUCCUGAGUGAUUGACAAUGGAACACCAAGUCUUUAGAAUCAAGAGGGGGCUGUGCUAAAUCACUUGGAAGCAAGAAUAAGUGACUAUUAAAAUUUAUUUGCAUUUUUAUUCUGAAAAAAUAAACAAUAAAAAUUAAAACUUUGUUUAAAAAUAUACUUUCUUUGUUCUUGUGCAGACCAGCUGCAAUUUGUAUGAGCCAAUUACGUUGUUUUCUGCUCUACUGUGCGAUGGGGAGCAUAGCAGUGAGGAAAAGUCACUUCUUAGUUGGUGUCCAAGCUAAAAACCAAUCUCUCAUUUUGGAAAAUUACUGACACCAAGACAUCCCAAAUGACACCAUUUAAUCCCUCUUGACUGUAGGAGUUCAGAGUGUUUCCUGUUUAAUUAUUAUUGCCCGCUUAAUAUCCUUGAGCCUAUUUGGGAAACUCCUUCUUCUCUUUCUGUACAUAGAGCACGUCUAUUCCUACCCAAAUUUGUGGAGGAGGAGUUUGUGUCAGCUCUAAUCAAACUCCAGAUAUUGUAGGCCAAGAUAAAAGUUCUAGCAGUCUCCAUUUAACCCUUACUACAAUGUAAAGUUUAUACUCUGAGCUCCUUCCUUUUCCUGGAAUCAAUGUUUGCAAUCGUCCAGACCCCAAUCGUCAAACUCAGUUUGCUCUCUCUCUCUGAGAUUUGGAUUGGACACGGCACCACUGCUAAAAAUCUACUUGUAAUUACUGUGUGGUUAAGAGCAUAGACUUUGGAACCAGACUGACUUGGAGGUGCCUCUGCCUGAUUAACUUCAGGCACAUUAGAAAAAUUACUUAAUCUUGAAGACUCUUGGUUUCUUAAUUUUGUAAAAUGGAGAUAUUUAAACCAAUCCCAUGGAGUUGCAGUGGGGACGAAAUUGAAGUGAGGUAUACAUAUAUAUAAAAAAUGGACAGUAGCUAGCAAAGAAUAACCUCCCAAUUAACAAAUGAACAUUUUUAUUAUUAAUGAAAUACAUCAAAUAACUCCCCUGAGGAAGCCUAUGAUGCUUGAGGGCAGAGCUCAAUACCACACUUAACUGAAUCAAUUCCGAUUUUUUAGUGCAGUUCCUUUUUGGUUAACUUUCUAGCUUAUGAGGCAACAAUCCCAUUUCUCUCGGCCUUUUCCCCAGUCAUUCCUCUCCUUUAUCCACAGAGAUGAAGGACUCAUAUUUGUGCUGUGUGACACUGACCCUACCCAGGCCAAACAGAUUCUUUCUGCCAGGUUUUGGGGAUUGUCACUAAUAUCCAGGGAGUGAGUCACUGGAUUCAUAACUUGGAAUGAAACUUGGGAGCUAUGGGGUAAUCAUGUUUGACCCUGUGAACUGGGGAGAUAAGGAGAAACCAAGUUUGCAGAGAGGAACGUAAAAACAUCCAAAGAUCAAAGAUGAGAGACAAUGAGGACAUCUUCAUAUGUUCCCAGUUUUUCGUUUCCAUUUUUUCCUAGACCUGUCCAUACUCCUGACCUUUUGCUUCCAAAGGACAUCUCUAUAUCCUUAUACUAGAUUCUAUUUUUCACAAAUCUACAUUGUUACUUUCUUUGAUGGGGCAAUAAAAAAAUCACAUCUAAUAUGACUACUAACUUGUACCUGUGCCUGGCUAUCAUGCAUGGCAGAUGUCUUACAGAAAUCAGUUUUGAAACAAUUUCUCUGAACUCAACGUGUAGCUCUUCCUGUAUUCAAUUACUCCCUUCCAAAUACAGUGGCUUUGCCUUUGGCAGAUUCUAUCACCAGCAAAUUUGGAACAUGUCCAGGAGAUGAUGUGAUACAGGAGAUCUAAGUUAAAAUCCCUGCCUUCCCACAUAGAAUUGCUUGACCACAAGUAUGUCCUCUGCUCUUGAAGAAUCUCAGGUAUAUUCAUCCACACAACAAAGUGAGAGUACUAACUAUCUCAGGUGACCUCCACCUGUGAAUUGCCCUGGAUCCAUGGUUCCUUUCUCCAGUGGGAGAGGUCCUUGAAGAGAACAGAGCAAUGCUCUUACAGCAGGGUUUUAGUAUUUGAAGCUGUGUCUGGUUUCUCUCAGCUCCUUAGCUGUCAAUGUGCCAGGAGCAUCUUCAGAGCCUCCAUCUUCUCCACUAGGCUCAACAACCAAAUAGAAUGACUCAGGUUGUUGAUGUCAUCCAAUCUCUAUCAUUGGUACAAUGAACAGAGUAGCCCUGAUUGCAGGAGGCUAUCUAUGGGCUAAAGAGCAGCGGCUCUCACUCACAAAAGCUGAUAUAGCUACUUAAGCAGCUGAUUGUUCAAACUGCCAGCAACA